UUUCAAGUAAAAGACGAAAAAAAUCGACCUCUCAAAUUCUUACUUAUAUCUCUCUCUCUCUGAACGCUCUCUCUCUCUCUCCUCCGCCUGUUUCUCAUUCUCUCUCUAAAUUCUCAAUUAUUCACAAGUAUUUCAGGUUGCUUUCGUCGUACGAGGACUUUGCUAGCGGUUUCAUUUCUACUUGAACUUUACAAUGGAAGGAGGAGGCGAUUUGGAUACCCAAAUAGAGAAGUUGCUGAAUGUAGAGAAGCAAAUGAGGCUUGCUGGUGAUGUAGCGGGAACCAAGAAGGCGGCCACUGACAUUCUUGAACUCUGCUUUAAGGCGGGUGCUUGGAAGACUCUCAAUGAUCAGAUUGUUGUAUUAUCCAAACGUCGUGGUCAGCUCAAGCAGGCUGUGACUGCAAUGGUCCAGCAAGCGAUGCAAUAUAUUGAACAGACACCAGAUAUUGAAACUCGUGUAGAGCUUAUUAAAACACUGAAUAAUGUUUCUGCUGGGAAGAUAUAUGUUGAAAUUGAGAGAGCCCGGUUAAUCAAGAGACUUGCAAAGAUUAAGGAAGGGCAAGGGCUUAUUGCUGAAGCUGCUGAUUUGAUGCAAGAAAUUGCGGUGGAAACUUUUGGUGCCAUGGCAAAAACUGAGAAGAUUGCUUUUAUUCUUGAACAAGUUCGGUUGUGUUUAGACCGUCAAGAUUAUGUUCGUGCUCAAAUACUCUCAAGGAAGAUCAGUCCAAGAGUUUUUGAUAUUGAUGCUUCAAAAGAAAAGAAAAAAGCAAAAGAAGGUGACAAUGUUGUUGAAGAAGCUCCUGCUGAUAUACCAUCGCUCUUGGAGUUGAAGCGGAUCUACUAUGAAUUAAUGAUACGGUAUUAUUCUCACAACAACGAUUACCUUGAGAUUUGCCGUUGCUACAAGGCGAUAUACGAUAUUCCUUCUGUUAAGGAGAAUUCAGCUCAGUGGAUACCGGUCUUGAGGAAAAUCUGUUGGUACUUGGUUCUGGCUCCAUAUGAUCCAAUGCAGUCAAGCCUUCUCAAUUCCAUACUGGAGGAUAAGAAUCUUUCUGAACUUCCAUAUUUUAGGUUGUUGUUGAAACAGGUGGUAACUAUGGAAGUCAUACAAUGGAACACUCUUUGGAAUACAUACAAGGAUGAGUUUGAGAGUGAGAAGAACAUGCUUGGAGGCUCUUUGGGCGACAAAGCAGCUGAAGAUCUGAGACAGAGAAUUAUUGAACAUAACAUACUUGUUGUUUCCAAGAACUACUCAAGAAUUACCUUGAAGCGACUUGCAGAGCUGCUGUGUCUGAGUAUACAGGAAGCUGAGAAGCAUCUGUCCGAUAUGGUUGUGUCCAAGGCACUUGUGGCCAAGAUUGACAGGCCAGUAGGAAUAGUCUGUUUCCAAACUGCGAAGGAUAGCAACAACGUUCUGAAUUCGUGGGCUAUGAACUUGGAGAAACUGCUUGAUCUUGUCGAGAAGAGCUGUCACCAAAUACACAAAGAAACCAUGGUACACAAGGCUUCUCUGAAGGCUUGAGAAGACUCAGUAUCACAAAAUUUCAGGUUUCAGGUUUCUGUUUCUUUUAUCCUUGACAACGUGCUCCGCCCGUCCUUCGGGUGGCAGGAGCUGCGGGCAAGUGCUUGGUAACCCAACGGUCCAGUGAACCGGCGCGGGGCAGUCCAAGGACCUAUGGAAGUUGGGGUUCGUCCCCGGUCAAUGUUGGAUCAAACAAUAGGGAACCAUAGCAUUGACGUCUUUUUUAAAAAAUUCAAUACAAUAGGGGAAAUAUCGUAUACCUCUAGAUCCGGACCUGGCAAAAAGUAAAAACGGAGGCCAAAGUUUUUAGUGGUUUUAGUUUUUAACUUAAUUUGGUUUAGUUUUUACUUUUUAGCAAGCCUACACCAAAAUCAGUUUUGAUGGAUCUGUAGGAAAUGAAUGUUGCCAUUAGGUUUUUAUCCGGGACCAUUUUAAAACCCCUAUUGCUACAAGGGAUCGCAAUGUGGGAACAAAUACAAUUUCUGGGUGAGCACAGUGCGGAGCGGUUUUAGGGUAAAAUUGAAACCGAAAUUUUUUUUGGUUCGGUUUGACCAUGUGCAGCGAAAUGAAAUCGAAUCAAUCGGCUUUGGUUUGGUUCAAUUUCAAAUGGUUUUGUUUCGGUUUGGGCCUACUUAUAGGGCCAUUAAAAAUUGGACUUGCUUGAUAGGGUUGUUCCGGUUUGGGUUUCCAAUUUAAUGAUCUUUUAUUUAAAGUUUUUCUUUUUCAA